AUCAUUACAUCCACCAAAUGUUUAAUAUUUUGCUUUUGUUGAUAUUUCCUAUUUCACUUCACAUACAUAUAUGAGAAGCAGAGUGUGCAUUUAAAAUUGAAGAGUAAAGUUUAGUGCAAAAGAGAGAGAGAAGAUGUUUGGUGAAGUUGAACAUGAGUUAGAGCUGCACGUGCCGGCAAGUGAAGCAUGGGAUCUGUUUGGCGCCCUUAGAAUUGGAAAACUUGUUGAGGAAGAGAUGCCUGAAAUGUUUCAAAAGGUGGAGAUAACUGAAGGAGAUGGAGGGGUUGGGACUGUUCUCAAAUUAACAUUCGCUCCAGGUAUACCUGGCCCAUCCAGUUACAAAGAGAAGUUCACAAAGAUUGAUAAUGAGAAGCGGAUCAAAGAAACAGAGAUAGUUGAAGGGGGUUACUUAGAUUUUGGAUUCACACUAUUUAGAGUUCGUUUUGAGGUAGUAGAGAAAGGUGAAGACUCAAGUAUAAUAAAAUCUACAAUAGAGUAUGAAGUGAAGGAAGAGGAAGCAGCCAACGCCUCACUUGUUUCCAUUCAGCCAUUGGUAAAGAUUGUACAAGUUGCCAAGAGUUACCUUCAAAGAAACAAGGCUGCAAAAGAAGCAAAUUAAGUAGUAAUCAUCUACUUUUAAAUAAAAUUAUGAAAGUUGUUUUCCUUUGAACCUUUUGUUUCAAUAAUUCAUAUCAUCAUGUAGUAUGUCUCAAAUGAUUUGCAAUCUUGAGAAACGUAAAUCUUCUCAAUAUGUUUUGAGAUGUCAUAGUAAGUUCUUUGAUUGUCCUCGUCUUUUUUCUAAUUUACCAUUUUCAUCUAUGAGAAUGUUCAUGAUUAUCUGCA